AGCCAACCUACUUUCAGAGCAGCUUCGUCCCUCUGCUGUCCUGCCGUGCCAAAGUUCAGAUCAAGAGCCGGGAGAGAAGGCUCUUGGACUGGAGGUCCUGCUGCAGACAAGACAAGGACGCGGUUGGAUGCUGCAGCACCAUGGCCAUCAGGAAAGCCGCCGUCCAGCGAAGGAUCGUUUCCAAAGACGGUCAUAAUAAUGUGCGCAUAGAGAACGUGGAAGGGAUGGUCAAGCUGUACCUGCACGACAUCUGGACCACGGUGGUGGACAUGAAGUGGCGCUACAAGCUCACGCUCUUCGCCUCCACCUUCGUCAUGACCUGGUUCAUCUUCGGCGUCUUCUUCUACCUGAUCGGCUUGGGCAACGGCGACUUCCAGCCGGGGCUGAGCGCCAACUACACGGCCUGCGUCGCCAACGUGCAGACGCUCACCGGCGCCUUCCUCUUCUCGCUGGAGUCGCAGACCACCAUCGGCUACGGCUUCCGCUACAUCUCGGAGGAAUGCCCGCUGGCCAUCUUCACGCUGGUGGCCCAGCUGGUCAUCACCGGCCUGGCCGAGAUCUUCGUCACCGGCGCCUUCCUCGCCAAGCUGGCCCGCCCCAAGAAGAGAGCGGAGACCAUCAAGUUCAGCAAGUCGGCGGUGGUGUGUCGGCGGCAAGGCCAGCUGUGUCUGAUGCUGCGGGUGGCCAACAUGAGGAAGAGCCUGCUGAUCCAGUGCCAGCUGACCGGGAAGCUGCUGCACUCCAAGGUGACCCAGGAAGGCGAGAAAACCCAAAUCCACCAGAGCUCCGUCGACUUCUUCAUCGACUCCAGCGGCGAGUGCUCCUUCCUCAUCCUGCCGCUCACCUUCUACCACGUCCUGGACGAGCGCAGCCCGCUCGCCGGCCUCAGCGCCGAAAACCUGCGCAGCCGCGAGUUCGAGCUGCUGGUGACCUUGAACGCCACCAUGGAGUCCACCGCCGCCACGUGCCAGAGCCGCACCUCCUACGUUCCCCAGGAGAUCCUGUGGGGCUACGAGUUCCAGCCCGUCCUGUUCAGCACCACCGGGGGGCGCUACGUGGCCGACUUCAACUUUUUCGAUAAAGUGCAGGUCAGCAACGACGCGGCCCUGGUGAGCAACACCGAGAAGCUGAAGCUGGAGGAAGACUUUAAACGCGAGUGAGAAGAUGCUCAUAUCAUUAUGACCAGGGGGGUGGUGCUCAGCUCCACCAUUUUGUUUAUGUGUGAUACUUUUAUAUUUCCAUGCAUGUGAACGUUGCCCGGGGAAACAGGAACAUGUUUAGAAUGUCACGUGCAAAUAAACAGCUGCAACAGCAUUUUUCUGGGCGACUGGAUUCAAACGCAUUAGAGUGAAUAUGUUGGUCCUGAGGAACAUAACUCAGAUUGUUGUGUGUCCGAAGGACAGACCUGGCUGGACAGGACGCUCCUGUUGCCGCAACACUGGCUUGUGUUCAAAACAACACUUCUGAUCCAGACGUGUUUAACUCCAACACGGGCUGCACAACGUUGCGUACGGGGUCAACAAUCCACACAUUUGAAUUACAGCGCGGUCCAGUCAUACGUCAGCAGCACAAACAUUAUGACCACCUCAGCCACUUCAACAGAUCAAACCUUUGGGUUUUCAGUGCCUAGGCAUCCUCA